UGGAAUGACAGAAUACAUUUUAAACACAAUACAUGUUAACAAACUGCCCCCGCAACCCACUGAAGCGUACCGCAAUUCUAAUAUCGAAUAGCUUUGCGAAUUUCCAUGAGAAAGCCCUCUGCGAAAGUUCGCCGUGGGACAAACGCCACAGGUUUAUGCUAAUCACUUGCAGAGGAGGGGCGCGGCGGAGCCAUUUUGUAGUCAUUUUAAACUUAACGUGAAAUAAUGAGACACCGCUCCACGGAUAAAACGCUGAGGUGAUUGUUCAACCUUUAAACCAUCCAAUGGAAGAUAAAACUAAAACGAUGAAUGGGGACAAGGUGGGUUAAAUUCUCUUUCGAGGUGUUUAGCCCACGCGGAGCAGUGUGGAUGCAUGGAGUUUUAAACUAUGGAAUUACAAAUGAACUGGAUAUGGGUUGGUUUUCUGUUCCACGUUCCCUUGAUGGGAUGUUUCGAUUUACACCUUUCGGAAACAUCACACCCAGGGGCCGUUGUGGCGAAUUUAUCACAAGGACCCGGUUGGAUUUAUAGUAUCGACAGAACUUUAACUCCGCAAUUAAUUCAGGACUUUGUCCGAAUAGACAACCAAGACGGACUCCUGGUGCUUUCCAGAAAAGUGGUCUGUGCGCGCUUAUCCAGGAACCCCGUGCCACUUCACAUCACUGUCAGAUCUUCGACUUCUGGGGAUUUUAUUUUAACGCAUUUUAACGUUUAUGUGCACGGCCAGGACUGCUUUAUUAAAUAUAAGAGGAAGAACUUCGCAGGUAAGCACGAUGUCUUUAUAAAUUACUUUCUAAGUGCGGAGGCAACUUCCUGCUUUUCUGCAGGUCGUGCGCUCGUGAAUGUAAAGGAACAUUUACCCGUCUUCCUUCGGAAUGUACCCUUUUCCAAUGGGUCUUGUGCAAAAAAUGACUUGAAAGUAUUUUUUAAUAAUGGAAGUUUGACACUGAGAAAGGACCUCUGCUUGCCGUCCGGGCGGCGCGAGGUGGAUUUACUUUGCACUCUGCACACCUCGUUCACCGACCGCGUCUCCCUGCGUGUGAAAUUGCGGCUCCCCACAGAACCGAGACGGGGAUUGUUUACAGACUCCGGGAAACCGAAUGCUUGGAGGAUUAGAAGGAAAAGAAACGUGAACGCGGCUCCUCAAUUUCAGCUGCCCAGCUAUCAGGUGUCCGUCCCGGAGAACGAGCCAGCGGGAACCCGAGUCAUUACGCUCAAGGCUAUCGAUUCGGACGAUGGGGAGUUCGGCAGACUUGAAUACGUCAUGGAGGCUCUGUUCGACAGCAGGUCCAACGAUUAUUUUCAAAUCGACCCGCAGACCGGCGGCAUCACGACGCUACAGCCCUUGGACAGGGAACUGAAGGACACGCACGUCUUCAAAGUUACGGCGACCGACGGCGGCGCACCCCCGAGGUCGGCCACCGCUUACCUCACGGUCACCGUCAGCGACAAGAACGACCACGGGCCCGUGUUCGAGCAGACGCAGUACCGCGUCAGCAUUCGGGAGAACGUGGAGGUCGGGUUCGAAGUCCUCACGAUCAGGGCGACGGACGCCGACGCGCCCUCCAACGCCAACACGAUUUACAAGAUCGUGAACGGCGGAGGGGCGAACUCGGGUUUCGAAAUCGACCCGCGCAACGGCCUGGUGAAGAUCAGGGUCAGCCCGGACAGGGAGACGCUGUCCCAGUACGAGCUCAUAGUGGAGGCCAACGACCAAGGCAAGGACCCCGGACCCCGCAGCGCCACAGCGACCGUGCACGUGACCGUGGAGGACGAGAACGACAACUACCCGCAGUUCGGCAAGAGGCGCUACGUGGUGCGGGUCCCGGAGAACGUGCCGCCGAACAGCCAGGUGGCCCAGGUGGAGGCCACCGACCGCGACCAGGGCAGCAACGCCCGCGUGCACUACAGCAUCGUCAGCGGCAACCUGCGCGGCCAGUUCCACAUCCACUCGGCCACGGGCGCCAUCGACGUCAUCAACCCGCUGAACUACGAGGACAUCCGGGAGUACAACCUGCGCGUGAAGGCGCAGGACGGAGGGCGGCCCCCGCUGAUAAACGGGACGGGCGCGGUGGUGGUCCAGGUGGUGGACGUCAACGACAACGCCCCCAUGUUCGUCAGCACCCCCUUCCAGGCCAGCGUGCUGGAGAGCGUCGCCGUGGGCCACUCGGUCCUCCACGUCCAGGCCGUGGACUCGGACUCGGGCGACAACGCCCGCCUGGCCUACCGCCUGGUGGGCACCGCGCCCGGCUUCCCGUUCGCCAUCGACAACCGGACCGGCUGGAUCGCCGCGGCGGCGGAGCUGGACCGGGAGACGACGGAGUCCUACGCCUUCGGCGUGGAGGCGCGCGACCACGGCGUGCCCCCGAUGACGUCCUCGGCCAGCGUCAGCGUCACGGUCCUGGACGUGAACGACAACGUCCCGGCGUUCACGCAGAGGGCGUACGAGCUGCGGGUGAGCGAGGACGCGGCGGUCGGGAGCAGCGUGCUGGCGGUCACCGCCGUCGACCGGGACGCCAACAGCGCGGUGACGUACCAGAUCGCCAGCGGCAACACGCGCAACCGCUUCGCCAUCGCCAGCCAGAGCGCCGGCGGCCUCAUCACGCUGGCGCUGCCGCUCGACUACAAGCAGGAGCGGCAGUACGUGCUGACGGUCACCGCCUCGGACGGGCUGCGCUACGACACGGCCCAGGUGUGCGUCAACGUGACCGACGCCAACACCCACCGGCCCGUCUUCCAGAACGCCAACUACCAGGCCACCAUCGGCGAGGACCGGCCCGCGGGCUCCACGGUGGUGACGAUCGUCGCCACGGACGAGGACGCCGGCGAGAACGCCCGGGUCACCUACGCCCUGGAGGACAACGUGCCCCAGUUCCGGAUCGACCCGGACACGGGCACCAUCACCACCCGCACCGAGAUCGACUACGAGGACCAGGCCUCGUACACGCUGGCCGUGGUCGCCCGCGACAACGGCGACCCCCAGAAGUCGGACACCGCGUACGUGGAGGUCGUCGUCCUGGACGCCAACGACAACGCGCCGCGGUUCCUCCAGGGCGCGUACCGGGCGAGCGUGCCCGAGGACGCCGAGGUCCACACCAGCGUGGUCCAGGUGGCCGCCUCCGACCGCGACUCGGGCUCCAACGGCCGGGUGAGCUACACCUUCCAGGGCGGGGACGACGGCGACGGCGACUUCUUCGUCGAGCCGUACUCCGGCAUCGUCCGCACGGCCCGGAGGCUGGACCGGGAGAACGUGCCGGCCUACAGGCUCAGGGCCUUCGCGGUGGACCGCGGCGUCCCCCCACUGCGGGCGGCGGUGGACGUCCAGGUGUCGGUGCUGGACGUCAACGACAACGCGCCGGCGUUCGAGAGGGACCGGCUGGACGUCUUCGUGGAGGAGAACAGCCCCGUCGGGUCCGUGGUGGCCCAGAUCGCCGCGUCGGACCCGGACGAGGGGAGCAACGCCCAGAUCAUGUACCAGAUCGUGGAGGGCAACGUCCCCGAGGUCUUCCAGCUGGACGUCUUCACGGGGGACCUGGUGCCCCUGGCGGACCUGGACUUCGAGUCCAGGGCGGAGUACGUGAUCGUCGUCCAGGCGACCUCGGCGCCGCUGGUCAGCCGGGCCACCGUCCGCGUCCGCCUGGUGGACGUCAACGACAACGAGCCCGUCCUGAAGGACUUCGAGAUCGUCUUCAACAACUACGUCACCAACAAGUCCAGCAGCUUCCCCGCGGGGGUCAUCGGGAAGGUCCCCGCCCGCGACCCGGACGCCUCGGACAAGCUGCGCUACGCCUUCGUGGAGGGGAACGAGCUGAGCCUCCUGCUCCUGAACCCGGACACGGGCGACCUGCGGCUCAGCAAGGACCUGGACAACAACCGGGCCCUGGAGGCCGCCAUGAAGGUGUCCGUCACGGACGGGCUCCACGUCGUCACGGCGCUCUGCACCCUGCGCGUCACCAUCGUCACGGACGACAUGCUGACCAGCAGCAUCACGGUGCGCCUGGAGAACAUGUCCCAGGAGCGCUUCCUGUCCCCGCUCCUCUCGCUCUUCUCCCAGGGCGUGGCCGCCGUCCUCUCCACCGCCGCCGACCGCGUCUUCGUCUUCAACGUCCAGAACGACGCCGACGCCCGCGGCGGCGGCGGCGGCAUCGGCAUCCUCAACGUCACCUUCUCUGCCCUGCCCCCCGGGGCCCCGCCCGGGCGCUUUGUCCCGUCCGAGGAGCUGCGGGAGCGCGUCUACCUGAACCGCACGCUCCUGACGCGCGUGUCUGCGCAGCGCGUGCUGCCGUUCGACGACAACAUCUGCCUGCGCGAGCCGUGCGAGAACUACAUGCGGUGCGUCUCCGUGCUCCGCUUCGACAGCUCGGCGCCCUUCAUCGCCUCCGACACCGUCCUCUUCCGCCCCAUCCACCCGGUGAACGGCCUGCGCUGCCGGUGCCCGAGGGGCUUCGCGGGGGACUACUGCGAGACGGAGGUGGACCUCUGCUACUCCGCCCCCUGCCUCAACAACGGGCGCUGCCGCAGCCGGGAGGGCGGCUACACCUGCGAGUGCCCGGAGGACUUCACCGGCGAGCGCUGCGAGGUGGACGCCCGCUCGGGGCGCUGUGUCCCGGGCGUGUGCCGGAACGGGGGGACGUGCGUGGACCUGCUGGUGGGGGGGUUCGCGUGCCGGUGCCCCGCCGGGGCCUUCGAGAGGCCCUACUGCCGCGUGGGCGCCCGCGGCUUCCCCGGCCAGUCCUUCAUCACCUUCAGGGGCCUCAAGCAGAGGUUCCACUUCACCGUGUCUUUCAUGUUCGCCACCCACGAGCGCAACGCUCUGCUGUUGUACAACGGGAGAUUCAACGAGAAGCACGACUUCAUCGCCCUGGAGAUCGUCGACGAGCAGAUCCAGCUCACCUUCUCUGCGGGAGAGACCAAAACUACGGUGUCACCCAUUGUCCCCAGCGGGGUCAGCGAUGGCCAGUGGCACUCUGUUCAGCUGCAUUAUUACAACAAGGAUAGCCUGCACCUCCUGGACUCCAGCGGGGUGCUGCGUAUCCCCCUUUACACAGCUUGGCUGGAGCUGACACAUAAGGAGCCCAACAUCGGACGCUUGGGCGUUCCUCAGGGACCCUCGGGGGAGAAGGUGGCGGUGGUCGCCGUGGACGACUGCGACAUCGCCAUGGCGGUGCGCUUCGGGAGCCAGAUCGGGAACUACUCCUGCGCCGCCCAGGGAACACAGACCGGCCAGAAGAAGUCCCUGGACCUGACGGGGCCGCUCCUGCUGGGCGGGGUUCCCGACCUCCCCGAGGACUUCCCGGUGCGGAGCCGUGACUUCGUGGGCUGCAUGAGCAACCUGACCAUCGACAGCGAGCCCGUGGACAUGGCGGGGUUCAUCGCCAACAACGGGACCACGGCAGGCUGUGCGGCGAAGAGGGACUUCUGCACAGAGAACCUGUGUCAGAACGGCGGGCUCUGCGUUAACCAGUGGAACACGUACUCCUGCAGCUGCCCUCUGAGCUAUGGAGGGAAGAACUGCGAACAAGCAAUGCCGUCCCCCCAGCUCUUCGACGGCCGCGCCCUGGUGUCCUGGAGCGACCCGGACGUCACCAUCGGGGUGCCCUGGUACCUGGGCCUGAUGUUCCGCACGCGGCAGGGCCACGGGACGCUGAUGCAGGUGGACGCUGGAGACGCCUCCCAGAUCAGCCUGCUGAUCAGGGACAGCCUGCUGUGCUUCGAGGUGGCGCUCGGGGAGAAGGCGUUGGCGUCGCUGGCGCUGCCCCAGGUGCGGGUGAACGACGGGCGGUGGCAUCACGUCCUGGUGGAGCUCAAGAGCGCCAAAGACGGGAAGGACAUCAAGUACAUGGCGCUGGUGUCUCUGGACUACGGCAUGUUCCAGAGGACGGUGCAGAUCGGGAACGAGCUGCCGGGCCGGCGGCUGAGGAGCCUGUCCGUGGGCGGGGUCCUGGGGCCCGACGGCUCGGUGCUGCGCGGGUUCCAGGGCUGCAUGCAGGGGGUGCGGAUGGGGGAGACGGCCACCAACACGGCCAACGUCAACAUGCAGCAGGGCCGGAGGGUGGGGGUGGAGGAGGGCUGCGGCACGGCCGACCCCUGUGGCCCCGCCUCCUGCCCCCAGCACAGCCGCUGCAGCGACGCCUGGAACGCGCACACCUGCGUCUGUGAGCCAGGGUACUUUGGGAAGGACUGCGUGGACGCCUGUCAGCUCAACCCGUGCGAGCACGUGUCCAGCUGCGUCCGCGCGCCCAGCUCCGCCCACGGCUACGCCUGCCAGUGCGGGAGCAGCUACUACGGGCAGUACUGCGAGAAGAAGGUGGACCAGCCGUGCCCCAGGGGCUGGUGGGGGAACCCCGUGUGCGGACCCUGCGGCUGCGACGUCAAGAAGGGCUUCAACUCGGACUGCAACAAGACCACCGGAGAGUGCCGGUGCAAGGAUAACUACUACAGGCCGGAGGGCGAGGACGCGUGCUACCCGUGCGAGUGCUACGCGCUGGGGGCGCUGGGGCGCGCCUGCCACGCCCGCUCGGGGCAGUGCCGCUGCAAGCCGGGCGUCAUCGGCCGCCGGUGCAACCAGUGCGACAACCCCUUCGCCGAGGUGGCGGCCGGCGGGUGCCAGGUCGUUUACGAGGGCUGUCCGAAGGCGUUCGAGGCGGGAAUCUGGUGGCCUAAAACCAAAUUCGGACUCCCCGCCGCCGUCCCCUGUCCCCCGGGGUCCGUCGGCACCGCGGUUCGGCACUGCAGCGAGACGCAGGGCUGGCUCCGCCCGGAGCUCCUCGACUGCACCUCCCUCACCUUCUCCCGGCUGGCCAAGAUGAGCGACGAGCUCCACGGCAACCAGACGGCGAUGGACGGGCAGCGGUCGGAGAGCGUCGCCCGGCAACUGCGGAACGCCACCGACCACACGCGCGGCUUCUACGGCAACGACCUGCGGACGGCGCACCACCUGAUCUCCCAGGUGCUGCGGCACGAGGCCCGCCAGCGGGGCUUCCUCCUGGCCGCCACGCGCGACGCGCAGUUCCACCAGAAUAUCGUCAGGGCGGGAAGCGCCAUCCUGGACCCUAGCAACAAGGAGCACUGGGACCUGAUCCAGCGGUCGGAGGGAGGCUCCGCCAACCUGCUGCGUGACUUUGAAGAGUACGCCGGCACGGUGGCGCAGAACAUGAGGAAGACCUACCUGAAACCCUUCACCAUUGUGACGGACAACAUGAUCCUUGCCGUGGAUUACCUGGACUCCUCCGAUCCGGACCGUGCGAAGAUGCCUCGCUUCCCCGAGAUCCAGGAGCCGUAUCCCGAAGACCUGGAGUCCUCCGUGCAGUUCCCGGAGUUCACGGAAAACACGGCGGACGGCGAAGCGGACCCCGCGGACGAGCAGCCGGCCGACCCGAACCCCGCCGCGAACCCCGCCACGACCCCCGGGGGUCACGCGGCGCCCGCGAGGAAGAGGCGCCGCGCGGAGAGCGCCGGCCCGCUGCCGGUCGCCGUGGUGAUCGUCUACAAGUCGCUGGCCCGUCUGCUGCCCGAGCGCUACGACCCGGACCGCCGCAGCCUGAGGCUGCCGACGCGGCCCGUCAUCAACACGGCCGUGGUGAGCGCCGUGGUGCACCGCGAGGGGGGGCCCCUGCCCGCCCGCCUGGAGCGCCCCGUCACCCUGGAGUACCGCCUCCUGGAGACGGAGGAGCGGAGCAAGCCCGUCUGCGUCUUCUGGAACCACUCCAUCCCGGUCGGCGGGCCGGGCGGCGGGACGGGCGGCUGGUCCUCCAGGGGGUGCGCGCUGGCGUCCCGAAACGCCACCCACGUCAGCUGCCGCUGCAGCCACCUGACCAGCUUCGCCGUGCUCAUGGACGUGUCCAGACGAGAGCACGGGGAGGUCCUCCCCCUGAAGGCGGUGACCUACGCCUGCCUGGCGGUCUCCCUGGUGACGCUCCUCCUGACGCUAGCCGUGCUAGCCGCCCUCCGCGCGCUGCGCUCCAACCUGCACAGCAUCCACAAGAACCUGCUGGGGGCGCUCUUCCUCUCCCAGCUCACCUUCGUCGUCGGGAUCACCCAGACGGAAAGCCCGCUGCUGUGCUCGGUGGCGGCCAUGCUGCUGCACUACUUCCCCAUGUGCGCCUUUGCCUGGAUGUUCGUGGAGGGCCUGCACGUCCACCGCAUGCUGACCGAGGUGCGCAACAUCGACCACGGCCGCAUGCGCUUCUACUACACCGUGGGCUGGGGCCUCCCCGCCAUCGUCACCGGCUUGGCUAUGGGGCUGGACCCCCAGGGCUACGGGAACCCGGACUUCUGCUGGCUGUCCAUCCACGACACGCUCAUCUGGAGCUUCCUGGGCCCCGUCGCCGUAGUGGUUCUGGUCAACGUUGUCGUGUUUGUGCUGGCCGGGAAGGCCGCCUGCGGUCGAAGGCACCGGCCGUUCGAGAAGUCCGGAAUCAUCUCGGCCCUGCGGACCGCCUUCCUGCUCCUGGUGCUCAUCAGCGCCACCUGGCUGCUGGGCCUGUUGGCGGUCAACAGCGACGUCUUGGUCUUCCACUACCUGUUCGCCAUCUUCAGCUGUCUGCAGGGCGUGUUCGCGUUCCUCUUCUACUGCGUGCUGAACAAAGACGCGCGGAGGGGCCUGAAGGCUGCCGUCACGGGGAAGACGCCGACGACGACCGUUCCGGAAGAUUCCACCACGACCCGCGCCUCCCUCCUGACGCGCUCGCUGAACUGCAGUAACACGCACACGGACGAGGGGGCGCUGUUCCGCACGCCCAUCGGGGAGUCCACCGUGUCCAUGGAGAGCACCGUCCGAUCAGGACAGAGCCACAGUGGCAGCUACCGCAUCUACACCCUCAGGGACGGCUCCAGGCAGAAGCUCGGCGGGUCGUCCAGCGCGGCCAAAGCAGCCCGCGGGGAGGGAGAGCCCGCCUUCCACCGCCGCCACACCAAACGCCGGGGCUCCGAUUCGGACAGCGAGGUCUCGGGGGAGGAGCGGAGCGGCUCCUACGCCUCCUCGCGCUCCUCCGACGACGAGGACGACGGGGCGGGCCCCGAACCCAAGUGGAACAACGAGCGGGAGCCCCUGCACAGCACCCCACGAGUGGACUCCGUGUCCAAUCACGUGAAGCCUUACUGGCCGGUGGCCACGACCACGUGCAGCGACAGCGAGGGCGUGGGCGUGGGCGUGCCGGACGAGCUGAGGGUGGAGACCAAAGUGAGGGUGGAGCUCCACCCGGAGGGCAAGCUGAACGACGACGGAGACCCGCCCCCGCCGGACAAGGAGCCGCCCGCGGAGCCCCCCGACCAGCAGGGGGCGCCCACAGCCCAGCCCAACAGCAAACUCAAGCCGGAGCACAGGAAGGGAAUCCUGAAAAACAAGAUCGCCUACCCUCCGCCUCUUUCGGACAUGAAGAACAUGAAGAACCGCCUCCGGGAGAAGCUGUCGGACUACAACCCCCCCGCCGUCGCGUCCCGGACGCCGUCGGCGGGGUCCGGCGAGGGGCCCCGCCCCAGCAACGGCACCAACGGCGUCCUGAUCAAGCCCCCCCGAGAGCAGCCCAACGGGGUCGUCGUGGCGCUCCAGGGCGGGGUCGUCAACGGAGGCCACGCCUCCGACUCAGACGGCAGUAAUGAGACUUCAAUCUGACCGUGCAGGAGAGGAGUUUCGAGGAGACCGGGCACGCGGGGUGCCCCGCCCCCUGCAGACACUGCAGGCCACACCCCUUCAGCUCCCAUGGAGACCAGUAUUAAUGGCGGACUUGCGCCUGCCAGAUUAUAAGGGAAUGUGAUAGACCUGUGCCAAACUGCGGGCGGAGGUGGAAACUGCAUCUCCCAGCAUGCAACUGUGACCUUCAGACUGAAGCCUGGGAUGAUGAAAGAGGGACGGAACACUGGCAUAAUCACUUUUUUGUACAGAAACCCAAGAGGAGCCAAUCACCACCAAUCAUAGAGCAUGUUGGUAAUGAUAAACAGAGCAACGGCAACUGUAAUUGGUCAAUAACUUCUGGUUAUGCUGCCUUUAUAUAAUUAGGGACCUUGGAUAACCAAAUAGUGUUCCAUCAAAUAGUGUUCCAUUACCACUGGCUUGGUUUGUUUCCUAUUGCCAAUAUACUGUUUGAUUGGAGGGGUUCCUCUUUGGUGUAUGAGUGGAAGGUGACAACAACAGAGUCCGUGUUCCAUCUCUGAAGACCCAGGAAGUAGAUGUUAAACGUCAAAUACACGACUCAGUGACCAGGCGGCGCCGUUUCGCUGUUGCUCACCCCAGUUUGGUGCCAAGCGUGACGGACAGAGCCAGACGUCACGGCGACGCCAGGAUGGGACGUGCCCCCCCCCCCCCCCCCCCCCCCCC